AUGCUCCGGGUGACCAUGUGUUCUUUUGCAAACUUUCAGCUGUUCCCCAUUUGGACAUCAACCAUCAUCGAUGUCUCGUUUCAGGAGGGGAAAGCGUAUCGGCUGUUAGCCAAUGCAUUGGACAAGCUCAACACGCCGACGGAGGAGAUCCACUCGGCUUACAAGGAGGCGAUGCGAUUGGCCCACAAGCACGACGACAUGCAGUUGUCCUUCAACGUGCUCACUGGGAUGGGCUCCCACGAGGUGAGGAUGGAGAACCUAGAAGAUGCCGAACAUUUGUAUUUCCAGUCGCUGAUGCUGGCGAAACGUGUGUUGUCCUCACAUGAGGAGGCCAUUGCCGAAGGCAACUUGGGCAUGUGCCUGGGCCAGAUGGAUGGCCGUCGUGCAGAAUGUCUCGAGCACUUCCAGAAAGCCAUCAAGCUCCACGAUGGCAGCAACUCCCACAGCGUGGUGACACUCUUGGCCAAUUAUGCCUCAGCUCUUUGUGCAGAUGAGAGGUACCAGGAGGCGCAAGGCCAGUAUGAGGCGGCCUUGAAGCUGGCCCGUCGCAUCGGAGACCGGCGCGUGGAGAUCAACAUCCUCACGAACUUGGCCAAUCUCUGCGAAAAUGUCCUGUCCUUGCCCGAGAAAGCACGACUCUACCGGGCCGCGCUGAAAGGGCACGCCGAGGGCAAGGAGAUUUGUGCUAUUUGCUUGGACUCUUUGGAGAACGGCCGCCCUCAGAUCGUCUUGCAGUGUAACCAUAUCUAUCACAGCGACUGCUUUGAGGGUGUCCUCUCCAGCGAGUCCGAAAGCCGCAGCCGAUGCCCGCAGUGCCGGAACUCGCACUCCAGCUUCGCCGCAGCGUGA